CACAAGGCGUUCGGUGGUAGCUAACAACUCCAGCUAGUAUUUGGUUGCAGUCUCAGUCAUCAUAAGAUUCGCUCGUUCUUGUGUUUGUCUUGCCCUCUUUCCUUAACAAAGAAAAAACCAAACAAGAUUAAAAUUCAUCCAAAUCAGAUCCCUUCCUUUGAUUCUUGUGCUGUUCUCUGUCAUUCGAUUAUGUUCUUUUCACCCUUCAUUCCAAUCUUGGGAUUCUUAGCUCACUUCUUUUGCUUCAUGUUUACAAAUGCAUGGCUUUCCUUAAUCACCAAGUCACCACCAUAUUUAUAUUUCUUCGUGCUCGAAACGAGGAUCUAAGUGUUCAUCUCUCAACAUGGCCAUCACAGAUUUUGUGUCCAAAAGGAUGACAUACACCUUGUUCUUGAACACUUGUUUCCUCCUUGUGAUUUUUUCCUUCAUGAUUGUUCAUUUCCACACCCCUGAAGUUGUGGUUGUGACCAAAAUCUCUGCCUUUGAUAACAUCAAAGAGCAAGAGUGUGAGAGCUUAGACAGCUUAGGUGACUACAAAGCCAAGUGCUUGUACCUGAAAUCCAAUGACCCUUGUGCCUCUCAGGGCUAUAUUGAUUAUCUCUACCUUUUCUAUUGCAAAUUUGGGAAAUUCCCUUCAUUGGGUUACACCCUUUUGUUUCUUUGGCUCCUAGUUCUGUUUUAUUUGUUGGCUAAUACAACUUCUGAAUACUUUUGUCCCUCCCUCGAAAGCCUUUCCAAGUUACUAAGGUUGUCUCCUACAAUUGCUGGAGUCACCCUACUCUCUCUGGGCAAUGGUGCCCCUGACGUUUUCUCUAGCCUUGUCUCCUUCCAAGAAACCGGGACACGCGACAUCGGCUUCAACACGGUUCUCGGGGGUGUUUCCUUUGUGUCCUGUGUUGUGGUGGGGAGUGUGAGCAUUGCAAUACGUCAAAGUGGGGUUCAAGUUGCCAAGUCUGCGUUUAUGAGAGAUGCUUAUUUUCUCCUUUUUGUUCUUCUGGCCUUGUUUGGUAUUUUGAUAUAUGGUAAGAUCAAUUUUCUUGGAGCAAUUGGUUUUACUUUGAUAUAUGUUGUGUAUGUAGUUAUUGUUUAUGUCUCUUCUACCCGAUGGAAGGAAGGUGAUGGUGGUGAUGAUGAAAAUGGUGAUAUUGGUAUUUCACAUUGUGAAGAUGAUUUGAAUUUGAGUUUGAGUGUGCCUCUUCUUAAUGAUGUGAAGAAAGGACCAGUUGUAUGUGUUGAAAAUGGUGUUCAAGAAUAUGAUUUUAAUAUCGAGAAAGAUUACUGUUGUAUGAGAUAUUCAAUGUGUCGAGUGUCACUUCAUGUUCUGGAAAUGCCCCUUUACUUGCCAAGGAGAUUGACAAUUCCUGUUGUGUGCGAAGAGAGAUGGUCAAAGGUGUAUGCAGUUUCUUCAGUUACACUAGCUCCACUUCUCUUGUCUUUCCUGUGGUGGAGUCCUUACAUUGUAAACAGUUUCUUCAGCAAGAACGUAAUUGUUUAUGGAAUUGGAAUCUUGUUUGGAACUAUACUUGGUGUGAUUGCAUUUUUCACAACCAAAAUGUCAGGGCCACCAAAUAAGUGCUUAUUUCCUUGGCUUGCAGGAGGGUUUGUAAUGAGUGUGACAUGGAGCUACAUCAUAGCUCAAGAGUUGGUAGGGUUGCUUGUUUCAAUUGGCUACAUAUGCGGAAUAAGUCCUUCAAUGCUAGGGCUAACAGUUCUGGCUUGGGGGAACUCAAUUGGGGAUUUGAUGACAAAUUUAACAAUGGCUUUAAAUGGUGGACAAGAUGGUGCUCAAGUAGCAAUGUCAGGUUGCUAUGCUGGUCCUAUCUUCAAUACCCUUAUUGGUUUGGGCUUGUCUCUUGUAACUUGUACAUGGUCAGAGUACCCUCAAGCUGUUGUGAUCCCUAGAGACCCAUAUCUCUGGGAGACAAUGGUGUUUUUGGUGGCUGGAUUAGUUUGGGCACUUGUGGUGUUGAUAAAAAGAGAUAUGAAGCUUGACGGACUCUUGGGAGGAGGACUUUUAUCUGUUUACUUCCUUUCUCUGUUUAUAAGGUUGAUUCAGACAAAAGGGUCUCUCCAAUAGUCCAAUUUUUAUGAUUUGUUAGGCUGUGAUUCUUAGUAUUUUGAAUAUGACAUGAGCCAUGAAAUUAUGAUCAGAUUCAUGUACCUAUUAGCAAAUGACAUUAUUUCUGUGGAACUAGAUAUGAAACUAUUAUAGAUAGGCAAAAAUUUGCUACUUGUGUAAUCCUCGUGUUCUUUUUGUACCUAGCUUUAUUUGGAUAAUUGUCUUUCCUGUACUUACACUUCAUUGAAUGACAAUUGAAAUACAGUACUAUCUUGAAUUUGUUUAAA